AUGGCGUUUGACGGAGAUGUGAUUGUGGUCGGCGGUGGAGUAAUUGGAUUGUCCACGGCUUAUCAGUUAUGCAAACGAGGCUACAAAGUGGUACUUUUGGAGCAGGUGAGAGUUGGUGAUUUGCCAAGAAAAUUGAUCGUCACACAAAUCACGGGUUGUUUUAAUUCUGCAUACGUACUCUGACCGGCUUAUAGAUUUAACUCCAAACAUUUUUAUCCCAUUAUUUGUAAGUAAUCUGGACGCGAUUUUUUGAACAAAUCGGAAAUAAAAAAUUUGCCUUACAAAAUCUUGGACAAAAUUCAUGCCUUGCUUUCACACUUAAUUGUUGUUAAACAUUGAGCCCUUGCGAUCUGAGUCCAUUUCCGACGAUUAAAAGUACUCUAUAAUUUUGUAUGCCCGUCCAUUUAGGCGCCAUCCCCCAACAAUCUUCACGGUGGAUCUCAUGGAGACUCGAGAAUCAUCCGUCUUAUCCAUUCUGACCCUGUUUACCUCCCUAUGGCCAUUGAAAGUUACAAGUAUUGGAGGCAACUCGAACAUGAAGUCGGCUCCAAGCUUUUCGAGCAAGUUUUUAUCACUCUGUUCAGCUUGUAACUUUUUGAUUACAAAUUAAUGAUAUACAUUUUUUUGAUUUUUCAGAAACCAUGGAGUGUUAUGGUUGGGAGAUAAAGAAAGUUCAGUUCAAAGAGCUAAUGUCCUCAGGCAAUUUAACGCUCCUCAUGAGCUUUUAGAUCCGGUAUCGCUUAAAUCACGCUACCCUCAUAUUAAUUACAAUAUGGAUUGGUGGAGCGUUCUGGAUCAUAUGGCCGGAACUAUCCAUGCGAGGAAGUCGAAUGAGGCGUUGACUGUAAGGAAAUUGCCUUUAAUUAAAAGGAUCUAAAUCUCUCAGAAAUACCUGACUUCUCAUGGAGUCAUCAUAAAAUAUGGUCAUAAAGUCAUCAACUGGAGCAGCACCAUCAAUUCGGUUACUGUAACAACAACUUCUGGAAGAUUCUCUGCCAAAAAUAUUGUUUUUGCCGCGGGCGCUUGGCUUGAUGCACUUGUCCCCGGACUAAGUGUAAAAGUCACUCCAGGCGCUGUUGGAGUCUUCUUUUGGGAUGUUGAGAAGGAGGGAGAGGGGUUUUACAACCCUGAAAACAAAGCGCCCAAUAUAAUUAUCAGCAAUUUCGAGACAAAACAGGAACUUUUUAUGAUCCCAAAUGCGGAUUACAAAAACAAGGUCAAAUUCGGAUUGCAUUUAGCAGAACCUUUUGAUAUAACAAAGGAAAAGCCAACCGCGUUGAUCAAUAAAUGCCGAGAAGUCGCUGCAACGCACAUUAAAAAGCAUUACAAAUAUCUGAAAACGGAGCCAACGAUCGAAACUACUUGUCUAUAUGCAGUAAGUACUAACUGAAAAUGACAUAUUCCUCCUUGUAAAGCCGUCCGCACUCAUUUUGAAUGGUUUUAGAAUACUGAUGACCAUUCCUUCAUCAUCGACCGUCACCCGAAACAUUCAAACGUAAUUUUGGCUGGAGGAUUUUCCGGGACCGGAUUUAAGUUUGGCCCAGUGGUUGGGGAGAUCGUAUGUGAUCUCAUCGAAAAGAAGAAAACAAAGCAUGACAUUUCCGCUUUCCACGCAGACAGAUUUAUUGAUAUCUCCAAGGCGAAGUUGUAA